AUGAAUUUAACAUUUGAAGCAGUUCGAAAAAUUGUUCAACAAGGAUAGAAUGUUAUAGAUUUGAAAUAGAAGAUCGAAUGCAAUUAUACUUUUUAAAUUGUAGAGAACUAUUUUCCUCAAUCAUCCAAAGAAAAAUUGGAUUAAUUGUUAUGUUUCCGCGUUUCUGAUGGCUAUGCUAAAAUGAAAGCUUUAUUUUUUCGAACUCCAAAUCCUGACUUUGUCCAAUUAAGAGAAACAGAACCUUUAACUAAAUAUCCAUUAAUAAAAGUCACAAGUUUUAGAAUUUUGGGAAAACCUGUGGAGGGCGAUGAUUUUCCAAUAUUAAUUUUAGAAUUUGAAAGACUUUAAAUUCUUGAAAAAAUAAUUGGCUAACCAAUGUCCUAUAAAUCAUAUGCUGCUAAUGGUUACUAAAAUCCUAAUGGAGCUACUUCAUUAGACGACUACGAAUUUGCUGGGAUUGACGAUUUAUUGUUUUCAAAUCACAAAUCCUAAUCGAUUGGAUAGAUUCCUCCAAAAAAUACAAUAUAACAGAACAUAUAAGAAAUACCAAAUAAAUAAGAAGAAAAACCUAAACAAGGAGUAAUACUAUUAUGUUAAAUUAUAGAUUAAAAUUUCAUUAAGUAAAACUAAAUUUUAAAAACAAUAAUAAGUAGAUCCACCAUAGACAGAAUUAGUUUAAUAAUAAUAAUAGUAAAAGCCAUAAGUUUAGAAGUAAUAGUAUGAAUAGAUUGCCCAAAAUUAGCAAUUCUAAUAGAUAUAAUAAACUAAAAAUAACCAGGAUUAAUUAAAUUAAAAAAAAUAAUAACUAAGAGUAUAAAUAUAACCAUAAUAAUAAUAAUAAUAAUAAUAAUAAUAAUAACAAUAAUAAUAAUAAUAAUAAUAACAAUAGAAUAAUUAAUUUAAUAACAAAAUACCUAACCAAAAAAAUAAUAAAAAUAAUCCUUAGAUUGAUGUAAAUAUUUAUUAUUUCAUAAUAGUUUUUCCCUCUUUAUUAAAUUAAUCCUAGUUUUUAAUAAGCAUUUAGAGGUAGAGUUGUUAAAGUUAAUGAAAUAAAAAGCUAUACUACAAAAAAUUAAAAAGAUGGAAAAAUGUUUGGAAUUUAUGUUAUUGAUGAAGAAAAUCUUAUCUCUGCUAUGUUUUUUGAUUAAGCAGCUGAAAAAUUUCAUGAUUAUAUUGUUUAAGGAAAGUGUUACAUUUUUUCAGGUGUUUAAGUAAAACCAGCCAAAAAUUUAGAAUAAUUACAAAAGAUUGGGAGUCUUCCCUUUGAUUAUACUUUUGAUCAAAAUUCUUAAAUAAUUGAAAUUGAUGAAGUCCCUGGAAUUCCUUUAAAUAUCUUUAACUUUGUUAAACUUAAUUCAAUAACCCAAUAAAAAGUUGGAUCAAUAUAAGAUGUAGUAGCUGUAAUAAAAUCAACUAGUGGUGUAAAAGAAUUUUAAGCUAAAAAUAAAGAUGAGAAAUCAACUAGAAUUUAAUUAGGAGUUUAUGAUGAUUCAUUAUAAGAAAUAGAAAUAACACUCUAUGGAAAUUUAGCUCAACAAUACCCAUUUUAAAUUGGAGAAAUUUAUAUGUUCAAAAGUUUAAAGAUAAAUGAAUAUUAAGGAAGAAAAAGUUUAUAAAAUAAUUAUUUGACUUCUAUCCAUUUUGAUAAAAAUUAAAAAGAAGUCAAAGAAUUAUAAAAUUGGUUAUAGAAUUUUGAUGGAAAAUUGGCUGAACCUGUAUCUAAGAUUAAAUUAAUAUCUGAAUUAAUAAAUGAAUCAAAUAGAUGUGAAUUAGAUUAGAAUUUAAAAAUAUACUCAGAUGUUAGAGCUUAAUUAGUAUUAGUUAAAAACUCAGGUACUCUUUAUUAUUAAUCUUGUACAAAUUGUCUUAAGAAAGUUACAACAGAAUUGGAUUCAUUUUAUUGUUCAUCGUGCAAUUUGACAAUGAAAGAACCUAAGUUUAGAUAUAUUCUUAAUUGCAAAAUAGCUGACUCUAGUGGUAAUAUCUGGGUUAGUGUAGGUGAUUAAUAAGCUAAUUAGAUAAUUGAUAUUCCUGCUAAUCUACUUAAAUAAUUAACAGAAGAAGGUAAAGAAAAAGAAAAGAAUGAUGCAUUAAGUAAAUCAGCAUACAAAGAGUUUAGAUUUAAAUUAACAUCUAAAUUGGAAGAAUUUAAUGAUGUCAAAAGAGUAAAACAUGCUGUAUAAUCUAUUACUCCAAUUUCAAAUGCUGAUACAUAAGCUAUUUUAAACCAAAUAGAAUUUUAUAUGAAGAAUAUUUGA